AUGGCGGUUGUUGGUCUUGAUAUGGGCAAUUUUUCAUCGUAUAUCGGUGUUGCUCGAGCUGGUGGCGUUGAAAUAGUUGCAAAUGAAUACUCAGAUCGUCUAACUCCAACUUAUGUUACAUUUGAGAAAUCGACACGCGCAGUCGGUCAAGCAUCGAAAGCCAUGGAAAUCAGUAAUGCAAAAAAUACGAUUUGUAAUUUUAAACGAUUACUAGGCCGCCGAUUUCAAGAUUUCUUUGUUCAACAAGAGAAAAAACUUAAUGUUUAUUCAAUUCUCGAAGGCAACGGAGGUUCAGUUAACAUUGAAGUGGAUUAUCUUGCUGAACGUAAACGUUUUACACCAGAGCAAAUAGCUGGUAUUAUGUUUUCGAAAUUGAAACAUAUAACUAAUACAGAAUCAUCAACCAAACCGGUCGAUUGUGUUAUUGGAGUACCAUGUUAUUAUACUGAUGCUGAACGACGCGCAAUGCUUAAUGCUGCACACAUAGCUGGAUGGAAUUGUCUUCGGCUGCUCAAUGAAACAACAGCUGUUGCUCUUUGCUAUGGCAUUUACAAAGGAGAUCUUCCAGAACAGACAGAAAAACCACGUCUGGUCGCAUUUGUCGAUAUAGGCUAUACUGCAUUACAAGCAUCUAUUGUUGCAUUUAAUAAAGGAAAAUUGAAGAUGAUAGCAACUGCUUUCGAUCCAUCAUUAGGUGGUCGAGAUUUUGAUCGUGUUAUUAUGGAUUCAAUGCAUGGUGAUUUUAAGAAACGCUAUAAAAUUGAUGCCUAUAGUACAGAUAAGGCUAAAUUAAAAUUACGCGGUGAAUGUGAAAAAGCUAAAACGUUAAUGUCUAGUAAUGUUCAACCAAUUCCAAUAUCACUCGAAUGUUUUAUUGAUGAAAAAGACGUUAGUGGAAAAAUUUCCAGAGCUGACUUUGAAGAAUUAUCUAAACCAUUACUUGAACGAAUACGAAAUACACUUGCAAAUCUGCUUAAAGAAGCUGAAAUUGCAUCCGAUGAUCUUGAAUCUGUUGAAAUUGUCGGUGGUUCCACACGUAUUCCAGCUGUUAAACAAAUUAUCCAGAGCGUCUUCCGAAAACCUCCAAUGACAACAAUGAAUGCCGAUGAAAGUGUUGCACGUGGUUGUACAUUAAUGUGUGCUAUAUUAAGUCCAACAUUUAUAGUAAAAGAAUUUAAAAUUCAAGAUUGUCAACCAUAUCCAAUAACUUUGUCAUGGCAUGGUGGAAUUAAUGAGGAUAAUGAAAUUGAAUUAUAUAGUCGUUGGAAUCCUUUACCAUCGACGAAAAUGCUUUCAUUUUAUAAAAGAGAACCCUUGACAAUUUCAGCUUGUUAUUCAUAUCCAAAUGAUAUUCCAUUUUCCGAAUCACGUAUUGGUCAAUAUACAAUCGAACAAAUCCGUCCACAACCUGAUGGUAAUCCAUCGAAAAUACAAGUUAAAGUUCGUAUUAACCGUCAUGGAAUAUUCGAUAUUACGCAGGCAUGUAUCGUCGAUACAACUAAAGAAUUAAAAGACGAAUUUAUGGAUUCGAAAGGAGUAACAGAAAAAAAUACUGAACCAAAUGUUUCUACGGCAAAUGAACCUGCGGAUGAAAAUAAAACACCUACUGGUGAGAAUCAACAAGAUGAAGAUGACGACGAUAAUAAUGAUUCGAAAAAUUCCACAGCAAGAAGCAAAGGAAAAGAUAUUGAGUUGCCGAUAACGGCUCGUGUAUCUGGUCUAACUAAGCAAGAACUUGAGCAAUUAACUGAACGAGAACUUGAAAUGAUUUCACGUGAUAAACAAGUAAAAGAAUGUCUCGAUGCGAAAAAUGCUCUUGAAGAAUAUAUUUAUGAUAUGCGUGGUAAGUUAGAUGGUGGUGCAUAUGAAAAAUACUCGGAUGAUCGAAAUCGACAAAAACUAUUAAAUGAUUUACGAACAACUGAACAUUGGUUAUACAAUGAAGAAAUGAGUCAACCUAAAAACGUUUAUUUAGAACGAUUGAAAAGUUUAAAAAAUCUUGGCGAGCCUAUUCGUAAUCGUUACGAUGAAGCUGAAAAACGUCAAUAUCAUGUACAAGAAUUUGUUAUAUCAUUAAAACAAGUUGAAGAAGCGAUACAAACAUGGCAAGCAAAAUCAAGUGAUAGAUAUUCACAUAUUGAUAAGAGCGACAUAGACCGAGUUUAUAAAAAUUUCACUGAAAAACGUAAAUGGUAUGAACAAACAGUAAAUCGCCUUAAUUCAGUUCGACCCCAUGAAGAUCCACCAAUACUUUGUUCACAAAUUAAACAGCAACAAGAUACUCUUGAAAGAGAAUGCUGGUCGAUACUAAAUAAACCAAAGCCAAGAGUUGAACAUCCGAAAGAUAUGUCCACUGAUACUCCAAGACGACAUCCUGCAACAUCCGAUGGUAGACAACAAGGUCCACCGCCACCCCCUCCACCGCCAUCUUCAGGCAAAAAGUCUUCAUCAUCCCGGAAACCAUAUCCACAAGAAAGUACUAAUCCAACGUCUAUGGAUAUUGAGUGA